UCAUCUUGGAUGCUGUCUAUAAAUCGGGAACGCGCAUAUCCAGAGCAGAAAUUGCGACUAUUUUGGAUUUAUAAAAAGGUAUGCACUUUGUAUUUGGUCUUUAAUCUGGUAACUGGGAAAAAUCAGCAAACAGCAGAAAACAGCUCAAUUGUCGGCACACCCACUCAACGCCUUUCACACCUCUUGAAAAGCGAAGCGAACAGGAAUAGUGUAGGUAAAAGGAAAGAAAUUCCAUUUCAGCACGAAAAAAAGAAAGCCAUGAAAUGUGCAAUCGCCAUAAAAAAAAGUGCAACUGUCAACGGAACACAAAAAACUUUGUUGUUUACAAUUUGCCGUUGUUGCAGCAGUGCGCUUGCAAAAUAUUGAAUUCAAUUUAAAGCGCAAGAGGCGUUCAUAAAUCUCCGACAAUUGUGAGCGGUGGAGGAGCGGUGGUAGAAAGGCCCGCAGGGCAGGGAAUCGGUGAAAGAGUUAAAGUCGGAUUAUGGUCAUGCACUCCCUUUCCAUCCCAUCCCCAUCCCCAUCCCCAUUCCAUCCCAUCCACUUAUUGUUCGCCGCGUCGCCUUCUCAUCCGCUCACUCAUUUAUUCCUUUUGAUUGCAGUCGUGAGGGGGAGGUGGAGAUGGAGUUGCAGUCGGAGUCGGAGUCGGAGUCGAAGGGGGGAUCGUAAACUGUCAGCGCAAUUAAAAUAAAUUGAAACUGAACUUUCGCACACACAGUGGAAAAAUAAUUCAGAAUGACCUACAACUUGAGAAAGAAAAACAAAAAAAGCAAUAAUAUUUUUGAAAACUUUCUGGUUCAAACCAAAAGAUUCUGUAGAAUCAAUAAGAAAUCAUUUAUAAGAAAAUUACAUUAAAUUCCUAAGUACAAUCAUUUUUAAGAAGUUUCCUAUAUUAAAAUGAUUUCAAAAUUACAAACAAACUUCUGAAUCUUCACGUUUCUUAACGAUUCAUAAUGAAUUUAAAAUUUUUCAUAAACUCUAAUAUUCUUAUUUCUGAAAAAAAACACGGGCCAAAUCGAUUCGAAAAGUAAUAUGAGAGUUAAAAAACUUAAAGUAUCAAAAUGCAAUAAAUAUGCAUUUCGCACUGUGUGAAAAUGAAAUUAAACAAAAAUUUUCCCGCCCAGCUGUCGCAUAAUUCAUCAACUAUUUAGGCGGCAACAGAAGGAAAAUUGAAGAAAAAUUUGCGUGUGUGUCGCAAAAAGUUUUUCAUUUUUAGCAUCUUGAUUGUCUAGGAGGCGGGAGAACGAGGCAAGGAAGGAAGGAAGGCGGUAGAUGGAGCAUGUAGCAUGGAGCAUGGAGCGCAGGAACUUUGCCUGGUAGCCGGGCCAGAAAACGGUUUGCUUGCCAUGGCCAUGGGCAACUAAAUGAACGUUCCACAGUCUUCGGUCUUCUGUCUUCUGUCUUUGGUCCUCUGUCCGUUGUCCGUAGUCCAUAGUCCGCUGUCCGUCCCUUUCUGUCCGUUCUGUCCGUCGGCUAACCCAUCUUCUUCUUCCCGAACCCCCAACGCCCCUCGGUUUCCGUUCGCUUACCUUCCUUCUCAGCUCGUAUCUCAAAUUGUUCAACUUCAUCAGCAAAAAGUAAGGGAAAAGAUGCUGCUGCCGUGAAUUGUGGAUGGGGAAGUGUACUGGGAAAAAAGAUAAUCCAGUAAUUCAUAGCAGAAUCCCAAAUGUUCUAGAUGAAAAUACCCGCGUUAAUUUAUAUAUUUAAUAAUCAACUUUGUCAAUGUUGACGAACAAGUUAUUUAAUGAAAUGUUAUGAGAAAUGUUCCUUCAACCUAAGAAAUUGAAAACACAUUUCAAAUAUGUUUCUGAAUAACCUUUUUUUCUGUGUACCAAAUCACACCAAGUCAGGCUACCCCUUAUCCUCUAUACAUAUAUCCCCUGAUCCCCUUGCUUGCUCCUCAUUCGAUUGUCAUGAGUCUGAGCCCGAGACUCUUUGCUUUUGUCCUUUUUUGUUUUCCAACGGCAGCAGGCAGCGUCAGGAGACUAAGACCCCGAGGACCCAGAGCACUUGAGCUUGGGUUCUGAGUUGAGGAAGUCAAGGGAGAUCGGGAACGGUGAAGGGUGAAGGAUGAAGGGCUUCAGAGGAGCCGCACGAGGAGUUAAGCGGAUGCAUAAUACGGAAAAAUGCCUUGAAAACGAGACGAGGAGUGUUGUUCAGCGGGAAAGCGAUACAUUUAAUACUCUUUAGCAGAAAAGGUUGUCCAAAAUAUACUUCAAUGGGAUUAUUUUGGAUUAUAACAAGGCGAUAAAAAAAGUAGUUAAACCACUAAUAAAUUAAAUGUUGAUCUAUAAUCAGUUUAAUACUAUAAUAGGAGUUUCUUUUAAAUAUAAAGGGUAUAAUAAAACUAUACCUCUUUUGUGGUAUCUAUCAAAUACCCUAGUUUCUUUAGUCAAAAUUCCAGUUUUAGAAAAUCUGUAAUAAUGGCUCUCGUCCAGAGUGACGACAAGGACUUCCACGCCCUCCGGGAGGCGCAAAGGAUGGUGGAUUCGUGCCAGGACUUUGCAGACCACCUAAUCGUGGCCGAAUUUCUGCCUCAUUGUCGCUGGGUGGCCUACAUCAAUAUUCGCACCCUGGAGCAGGUCAUCUAUUGCGUGGAAUUGAGUCGCGCCGGCUAUCGGAUUGUAGCCUAUGACUUUGAUUACGUGGCCGAUGAGGUGGCCAAUUGCGACACCUAUUACGAUUCGGCUCACCAACUUCUGGCCGGCAUAAGUCCGUUGUACGGAGAGAAAUAUGGUUUUGGGCGAGAGCCGCUGAAGAACCGAAAGGAGCAGUAGUCUCCGGGGGGCGUGGCAUGUGAAGAAUGUGUCUGCUAAUUGAUAAUUGCCGCCCCAAAAAGUGAUAAUUAAGCGUUUUGCAGGUAAAUGACUUGAUUGCAAUAAUAAAGCCAGCGGCCGUAAGUUGGA